GAAGCCCCGCCUACUCAACAUGGCGACCUAGUGAAAAGUCCACGCUCGUUUGUUGACAUCUGUUGAAAAGCCAGUCUCACGCUUCAGUGGUGGAUUUACAGCCGCUACAACCAUGUCGAGAGUCAUCGUGAAAAACCUUCCCAACGGGAUGAAGGAGGAGAGGUUCCGGUCGAUGUUUGCUGCCUUCGGCACCGUGACGGACUGCUCUCUGAAGUUCACCAAGGACGGCAAGUUCCGCAAGUUCGGCUUCGUGGGAUUCAAGUCCGAGGAGGAGGCGAACAGCGCUCUGCAACAUUUCCACAAGAGCUUCGUGGACACGUCGAGAGUCACGGUGGAGAUGUGUAAGGCGUUCGGAGACCCCACUAAAGCAAAAGCCUGGAGCAAACACACCCAGAGCUCGGGCCAGGACAAAGCCCCUGCGUCUGCUGACACUGACAAGAACAAGAAAAACAAGAAGGAGAAAAAGGAACUCAACAGCACACUUGACAAUCUGGAAGAGGACCAGGGAUUCAAGGAGUUUCUGUCAGUACAUCAAAACCGAAGUCAAGCACCAACUUGGGCCAACGACACUUUGCAGCAAACGACUCCUGAUAGUGAACGGACAAAGACUCAGGGCAAGAAGAAGCCUGCCUCAGAUGAUUACCUCAACUUUGAUUCUGACCAGUCAGAGGACGAGGGGGAAGAAUAUGUUGAAGAUGAAGGUACUACUAAAGGAGCAUUGGAGUCUGGCUUGUCGGAUAUGGACUACCUGCGCUCAAAAGUAGCACAGAUGGACGAAACCAUGGAACAGGGCGAAGAGAAGGAUGAUGGUGAAGGGGGAGAUGACGAAGAUGAAGAUCGUGGUGCUGUGCAGCAGCAUGCAGACAGUGCCUAUGAGAGUGGUGACAGAGACAACAGCUCAAAGACCAAAACAUCAGCUUCCUCCGAGGACAAGAAGCAGAGAAAAGCCAAGAAAACUGCCAAACAGGAGAUGGAGCCGACGACAGAGUUCACGGUGAAACUGAGAGGAGCCCCUUUCAACGUGAAAGAGCAACAAAUUAAAGAGUUCAUGACCCCGCUGAAGCCCGCAGCAAUCAGGAUUGGGAAGAAUGAAAGUGGAAAUAGAACAGGUUACGUGUAUGUGGACCUGCGAUCUGAAGAAGAGGUGGGAAAGGCUUUGAAGAAAAAUAAAGACUACAUAGGGGGCCGUUACAUUGAAGUCUUCUGUGUAGAUGCCAAUCGCGGUAAAGGCCAGAGGGACAUAAAGGAAAAAGAAAUUGACAGAAACUUUACCAGGCAGCUCAAGGAGGAUGAGGAGGAGGAAGAUGUGGCAGAGUCGGGUCGACUCUUCAUCAGAAACCUGCCUUACACCUGCACAGAGGAAGAGAUCAAAGAGCUGUUUUCAAAACACGGUCCUUUAUCUGAAGUGCUCUUCCCUAUCGACAAUCUAACAAAGAAACCUAAAGGAUUCGCUUUCAUAACCUACAUGAUACCAGAGAAUGCAGUGACAGCUCUAGCUAAGCUGGACGGACAUAUAUUUCAGGGCAGGAUGAUUCACCUGCUUCCCUCCACUGUGAAAAAGGAAAAGGCUGAAUCCUCAGAUGCAGGUGGUCCUGGCUCUUCAUCUUACAAACGACAAAAAGAUGCCAAGAACAAAGCUUCAAGUUCUAGUUCACACAACUGGAAUUCCUUGUUUCUUGGCACAAGUGCAGUGGCAGAUGCCAUUGCUGAAAAAUACAACACCACUAAAAGCCAAGUUCUGGACCAUGAGUCCAAGGGAAGUGUUGCAGUGAGGAUGGCUCUGGGAGAGACACAAAUUGUCCAGGAGACUCGACAGUUCCUUUUGGACAACGGUGUCAGCCUGGAUUCCUUCAGUCAGGCAGCAGCAGAAAGGAGUACAACUGUGAUCCUGGUGAAAAACCUUCCAGCGGGAGUGGUGGUGUCGGAGCUGGAGGAGCUCUUCUCCCCUCAUGGCUCUUUGGGUCGAGUGCUGCUGCCACCGUCAGGACUCACUGCCAUCAUCGAGUUCCUGGAGCCGCCUGAAGCAAAACGAGCCUUCACAAGGCUUGCCUACAGUAAGUUCCAUCAUGUCCCGCUGUAUCUAGAGUGGGCACCUGUGGGGGUGUUUGUGGCAGCCAAACUAGAACCAGUGCUUGACAAAGAGGAGGCAGUGAAAGAAGAGAAGGAAGAGGAAGAAGAUGAGGAUGAAGAGGAGGAAUCUGCUCCAGGUUCCACCCUUUUCAUUAAGAAUCUUAAUUUCAGCACAACAGAGGAGACGCUACAGGAGACAUUUUCCAAAUGUGGCAAGAUUACAUCCUGCACCAUCUCCAAGAAGAAAGAUAAAACAGGAAAGUUGUUGUCCAUGGGCUAUGGCUUUGUCCAAUAUCAGAUGGCAGAGGCAGCACAGAAGGCCCUGAGGCAGCUUCAGCACUGUACUGUGGAUGAUCACCAGUUAGAGCUGAAGAUUUCCGAGAGAGCUACAAGGACUACUGAGGUGUCACGCAAGAAGAAGCAAGUCGAUAAGAAGCAAACAGGAUCAAAGAUCCUUGUGCGCAAUGUUCCCUUCCAAGCCUCUGUCAGGGAAAUUCGAGAACUCUUCUGCACGUUUGGAGAGCUGAAGACUGUCCGUCUUCCGAAAAAAGCAGCUGGUUCAGGAAAGCAUAGAGGCUUUGGCUUUAUUGAUUUCCUUACAAAACAGGAUGCUAAGAGAGCAUUUGCUGCACUGUGCCACAGCACCCAUCUGUACGGGAGACGUCUUGUGCUUGAGUGGGCUGAUGCUGAGGAAACUGUGGAGACACUGAGACGGAAAACAGCUGAACAUUUUCAUGUGGCCUCAAAAAAGCAGCGUAAGGCAGAGGUAAUGGAGGGAAUUCUUGAAUCAAUGGAAACUGGAGGGAGCACGGAAGACUGAUGAUGUCCAUAAUCGCCACCGUCGCUGUGAAAGUCCUGACACAGUCCUGGCUUAUGCUCCAGUGUUUUUCUGUUAAUAGGAUCGUAAAGAUAAUAUGGACAGACGAAGAAAAAUUAUGAGAAAUGUAUUGGCUGGUGAAAGUUUUGUGAAAAAAACUCUGUUUUGCUUACAUCACGCAAGUUUUUGUAUAGUGAUUAACCUCAAAAGAUUGGGAGUGAUGUCAUUUUUUAUAUUAAAUUUUAUUUCAUGACUUAA